AAGCCCUAAAGAACAUGCUGCACUUUGGCGACAGGAAUGAAGAACUACAAGGACUCCUAAAAUUGGUUAUGCUCUUAAAGUUCUCAUGAAACCGUAUCCUGAGCAUUGUUCCCAAGACAUCCCUGCCCUGACUGAGGUCAUGAUUAUAUGUUACUGUCUGUUAGGAUGGUUAUUCAGCUGGCUUCCUGCUUGGUGUCCCACAUCACUGCUACACCUUAAAGAGGCUGAGGACAAAAUGCUAAAAUGUAUUGCAAGUACAUACAAUAAACGAUAUGUGUAUAUAUCUAAUGGAAAUAAAAUAUGGACACUGACAUUCUCUCCGGACCUUUCACAUAAAACUCCACUUGUUCUCCUGCAUGGGUUUGGAGGAGGUGUUGGACUGUGGGCUCUCAAUUUUGAAGAUCUCUGUGAGAACAGGCCUGUUCAUGCUGUGGACCUCUUGGGAUUUGGACGUAGCAGUAGACCACACUUUGACACUGAUGCUCAGGAAGCAGAAAACCAGUUUGUGGAAUCCAUAGAAGAAUGGAGAAAGGAGGUGGGGUUAGAAAAAAUGAUUUUACUUGGACACAACCUAGGUGGAUUCCUGGCUGCUGCUUACUCAUUAAAAUACCCAUCAAGGGUCAAACAUCUUAUCUUAGUGGAGCCAUGGGGUUUUCCAGAGAGGCCUGACAAUGCUGAACACGAGAGACCAAUUCCGAUCUGGAUCAAAGCACUAGGAGCUAUAUUGAGUCCAUUUAAUCCAUUAGCUGGGCUGAGGAUAGCAGGACCCUUUGGAUUAAGCCUUGUUCAACGUUUAAGACCAGAUUUCAAGCGAAAAUAUUCAUCAAUGUUUGAUGAUAACACUGUGGCUGAAUAUAUCUACCACUGCAAUGUACAGUCCCCCAGUGGUGAAACAGCUUUCAAGAACAUGACUAUUCCUUACGGAUGGGCAAAAAGGCCGAUGCUGCAGCGGAUUCCUCAAAUGGAUCGAGACAUUCCUAUCACUGUGGUCUAUGGAGCACGUUCAUGUAUAGAUGGCAAUUCUGGCAGCACUAUCCAGUCUCUGAGACCAAAUUCAUAUGUGAAGACAAUAGCUAUCCUUGGUGCAGGUCAUUAUGUGUAUGCUGAUCAACCUGAAGACUUCAAUCAGAAAGUGAAAGAUAUCUGUGAUUCUGUGGACUGACUGUCUUCUGUUCUUUAGAAAGUCAUACUGUAGAUAGCAUUAAUAGCAAUACUCUCUAGGAAAUCACUAAAGAAUGCAGAGCUGAUGAAACAGGCUCUGUUUGUACACUGUUUCUUCUAAGAAGCCAUUUGCACACUUAAACCACUUAGUGCCUUUUUGGGGGGGUAUAGGGAGAUUUGAAGCAAACUUUGUACACCUUUGUUUUAGAUUGGCCUUUAGAUUAUUGGCCUGUCAUAUAUGAAAUUAUAUAUAAACUUUUAAACUGGAAUUUUCUUCAAAAUGUAAUUGAAUUUUGCACAUGUUGAACUUAUAAAGUUGCUGAAUUCUCCACUAACAGAACUGUAUCGAUAUAGAUACAAUGCAAUUUGGUUUCUUUAUAAUCAUUCAUGUUUUUCAGUUGAAGUUUCAUAGCAAGAAUAUGAAAUUGCCUUUACAUUUUAUUUUUGGAAUCCAGAACUCCAUAUACAAUAUUUUAACAGGGUGUAUUUUAUUUUUUUUUAAUUGGAGUGAUAACAGCUUAUGAAGCUGAUUCUGGGAGAGAGACAGGGCCGAAUAAUGAGCAGUGUCUGUCACUGAAAUACGUGUGUUAGUUUGUAAGGAAUUGGGGCUCAAUAUUAGGAAAUCUUUCUUCAGUUGGAUUUUAUUUCCAUUUAUCUCAAGGCAUCUUUCUCCAUCUGUGCAACUGUUACGGAAGGCUCAGUUUGUAAGAGUCAAUGAUGUCACCAGCACUCAUGCUUCUGUAAGUAUUUUGAUAUGUAGAUUUCAGUGAUUUAAAAUGCAGAAGAUGGCAUGUUAGUUACUCCAUCUAUUUUAACACUUUACUGCAAAAUUUGUUACUAGCCUAAAACUAACAAUUGUAGAUAAGUUGACAAGAUUUUGAUGAGGGCUAAGGAAUGACCAUCUGGAUAGUGAGCAUAAUUCCCUUUUUCUUUAGGUAGAAAAACUAGUCUGCUUUUUAGUAAGUUCAGGGCAGAAGAGAGGCAGAGGGAGAAUAUUGAUGUUCUCUAAUUGGGAACUACAACAGGUUAGUGUAUUUUAGUUAACAUUGCAGCCUCCUUAUAGGAUGGAUUAUUACUGGAAUGAACAAUACCACUGUAACAAAUUGUAAUUACAUGUUUUGGAGAUUCUUUAUAUAAUUAUGUAUUUUAAUCGAGUAUUUCAAUAUCAGAGAUAAUCCAGUCUCUGCAUCUUUUUGAAAUUGUAGUUUGACAUUAGUUCUUCACAUGUUUAGUAAAUUAUAUUAAGCAAAAUACUUUGUCACUUUAAAGCCAAAUUAUGUGGUGGUUUGUUUUUUAACAAGUUUACAUAAAACUAUUGAUCUGCUUUUGAAUAUUAAAUUGACUACUGAAGAGUUCUUGAUACAUUUAUACAUAGAGAAUUUGAAUUAGUGAUAGCACCAUCUUAAAUCUUGAGUGGAAUUCUGUGCAUUUUUUUCUCAAAUUAAGGAAUUGUUGCACAUGUUUAUGAUGUGGAAGGCAAAGAUAACUAAAACAUUCAGGAAAUGCUCUGAUUGUGUUCCUAGCCAAACAUAAUCUCCCUGUUUCUGAAGGAGAUAUUUGUCUAUAUCAUGCUAUGUAAACAUCAGUCUUUUGUGACUGCCUUGACUGGUAGUACUUAAUACUAAUAAGCUAAAGAUUUUAAUUAAAAUUUUGUAUUAAAUUACUUUUUCAAUUAGCAGAUGCCAGAAUUUUUAAACAAAAUUUGGGUUAUUUGCUAAAAUCUUGAGUUCAAAAUGGAAAAUCAGAAUAUCAAUUGUAUUUUUGAAUAUAAGCUGUAAAUUAUUGUCAUACCACCAUUUGGGUGGAUGCCUUCAGUAUGUAUUUUUUCACCCUUUUCAGUGUCUUAAUUUGUAUUUAUCAACUUAAACAGCUGUCUUAAUUGUGCAUAAAAAUCUAAUGCAAAAAUAUAUUCUGAGUCUCCUCCAAAUUACAAAAGGUGAAACAAACUUGGUAUUUUCAGACUGCACUUACUGAUGGGAAUUCUAGAUUCCACAUCAAAAGAUGGAAGUAGGGAUAAAAACUGCACACUGAAUAUGAAUAUUGUGUUAAAUAUCCCUUGCUUUUUCAGCUUAUUGUACUAAUAAGACUUAUUGCUUAAGUUUUGCACAAUAAAAAUAUCUUAAAUGUUAUCUUUGAUUAAUGUUAAGACAUGAUGUUGCUUUUGUAAAAAUUGUCUGUAAUUAAGCCCUGGAAAUCAAGAGUAAUUAAUAAGUUGAGCUAAACCAUCCAAAAUACAUUAAAAAUAUGGUAAUGCUUAUUUUCAAAUUUCUCAAUGUUCUUAGAUUUUCUUGUAUUUAACUGAAACUGGUAAGGAUUUGUCAAUAAGUAGCUGCAAGCUUAGAAUCCUGAUUGUAUAUACAAAGAAAAAAUGUUUGUUGGUUAUCUUCUAGGCAGUAUUAGAUACUGCUGUGAAGGUCAAGAUGGAAUUCUGAAUAUCCUCUUGUGUGCAACAUAACCCAAUAAAGUUACUUUAAUAAACUUCAUAAGUGGUGCUGAACAGAAAAUGAAUGGCACAUACUGAAAGACUUGGGAGCUAGACCUUUUGUGAGCAGUUGCUGUCUAGGAAUAAACUCGGUUUCUCCAGAAGUUCUGUUUCAGUUGCUUAAAUGUACUGUGGCGAGCACUGAACACUGAUGGUGCUAUUUUUAUUACAGCGCUAUAAAAUAAGACAAGAAUCACAGGCAUAAAGGCACCCAAAGAUCUCUCCCAUUCUAGCAUCAAAAUGAAGACAGCUGUGUACCAGAGGCUAGGGCAUAACAAAAAGAAUCCGAAAUAUUAAUAAAAAUCCAAGAUUAACUGUCUAAGUCUCCAGGACACGCUCUUCUUCCUGAGGUUGUUGAGAUAAAAUUUUAUUAAAGUAACUUAGUAAUAUUUUGUUUGCAUGGCUGACUUCAUCUUGUUAC